ACUCGCCCAGCAGGCAGCACUCUUGGGAGAGAAGCCCCUCAGCUCUGGUUGAGGACACUGGCCCUCUCUGUGCCUCCUGAGGACACCAUGUGGCCCCUGUUCUAGAGGGUCACUGACCUGGUGUCUGCCCUGGACACUGGGACAGCUCUGUGCCCUAUUGAACCCCACCUCAUGCUACCAAGGCAGGUGGCCGACUCCCCAGCACCUGCGGCUCUGGGGCAGGCAGCUGAGGCCUGAGCUCCUGCGUGGGGCACCCAGGUGGGGACCAGGGGGCAGCCUCUUGUGGCCUCACCAGCAGUGCAGGGAGCGCCUGGGGUUUGCACAGAGUGUCUGGCUGGCUGUGUCCCGCUGCCUUUCUUGUGCUCAGACGCGGCCCUACAGAGUCUCCUGCAGGACUGACCACUCCAGGGAAUGAGAGGAGUGUGGCUCCAGGUCCAGGCAGGAGUUGGCCAGCUCCUGGGGUGACCAGUACACACAGAAAAGCCCCUCAGGUGGGAGGACUCAGAACCCUCCCAGUGUCACACGCUUCCAGUGUCCCUAAGGCCCUGGUCCCAACUCAAUGUUCCAGGGAAGCACCCAAGACGGGGGCCUGGUCUCCUCUCUCCUCUGCCCCUCUCUGGCAGGCCUCUGGAUCUCUGGCUGUGGGGUGUCCCUCCUCAGCACAGAGCAGAUGGACUGCAGUGGUGAGCGGGUCUGAGGUUCCUCUUCUGAGAACCGCCCAGGCCCGGCCCCUCCCCAGCUUCUGUGGGUCCUGCAGCUUCCCCUCCGCAGGCUCUCGCUGCUCUGCUCAGUCCCAGGAGCCCAGGACCCUCUGCCUCCGGAUGCUGCGGCUGCUGCUGCUGCUGUCCCUGCUGUGGGCAGUGGAGGGGGCCUGGGCAGAGGGGCCGGGGAGUGUGCCCCGUGAUGACCCUCAGCAUCCCCAAUGGCCCUCCCCUAAGAAUCCCGAAUACAGCGUGGAUGUGCCUGAGUCCGUGACGGUGCAGGAGGGUCUGUGUGUCCUGGUGCCCUGCAGCUUCUCCUACCGCGGCUCAAGGAAUGGCCAAGUCUCUGUCUCCUGGUUCCGUUCAGGAACCAAUACAGACCAGGGCCCUGCAGUGGCCACCACCAACUCUACUCGGAAAGUGACUAAGGAGACCCAGGGCAGGUUCCACCUCCUCAGGGACCCAGGAACCAACAACUGCUCCCUGAGCAUCAGAGACACCAAGCACAAUGACAGUGGCUCCUACUUCUUCCGGUUGGAGAAAGGAACGUUUAAGUGGAAUUAUUAUGACAAGAUGGUCUCAGUGCAUGUGACAGCCCUGACCCACACCCCUGACAUCCUCGUCCCUGUGACCCUGGAGUCUGGCCGUCCCAGCAACCUGACCUGCUCUGUGCCCUGGGCCUGUGAGCAGGGGACGCCCCCCACCUUCUCCUGGGAAGGGCCCUCUGUGUCCUCCCUGGGCCCCAACACCACCCACUCCUCGGUUCUCACCCUCACCCCGCGGCCCCAGGACCAUGGCACCAACCUCACCUGCCAGGUGAAGUUCCCUGCAGCUGGCGUGACCACAGAGAGAACCAUCCAGCUCAAUGUCACCUGUGAGUAAUGGACCAGGACACCUGGGACCUCAGGGUGUGAGGGGCAGGGAAGGAGGCUUGGGUCCCAGGGUUGG